AUGAAUCAAAUUAUUUUGUUGUUGAGUCUCGCGUCGUUUAGCGGCGUAGUGUUCGCUGGCUACGAGGAGGACCAUGGUGGUUCAACAUACGAAGAGAAAACGAAGCAUGUGGAGAUACCGAUAAUCAAGAAAUACGCCAUACCUAUUCCGCACCCUGUGCCGGUCGAAGUGCCCAAGGAAAUUAAAAUACCAGUGCCUCAACCCUAUAAAGUACCAAUCGAAAUUCCUCAUCCGUAUCCGGUCGAGGUGGUCAAACACGUUGAGAUUCCCAUCGAGAAGCCUGAGCCUGUCAUUGUAGAGAAACAUGUGCCUUAUGUCGUCGAGAAGCCGUAUCCCGUCUACGUAGAAAAGAAAUUCCCCGUGCCGGUGGCGAAACCGUAUCCCGUCCACGUCCCGAUAUACAAACACGUGGUUCACUACACGUCUAAGGGUAAAGGAUGGCAUUAA